AAGUGCAACUUGCAGCAAAAUAUUUACAAAAUGUCCAAGAUCAUAGAAAUUCCUGUGCACACACAAAAGCUGCUCAAAUUAUUUAAAUCAAUUGUGCCAAAACUAACAAGUGGAAAGUACAAAGGACAAUAUGGACGCGUUGGCGUUAUAGGAGGCUCCUUAGAGUACCACAGGGGCUCCAUAUUUUGCGGCUAUGACUGCCAAUGAACGGUCGGGGCGGACUUAUCGCACAUUUUCUGUCAUACCGAGGCUGCUUCAGUGAUUAAGUCCUACAGUCCCGACUUGAUUGUACACCCAAUGCUAGACCGCACUGAUGCCUUAGAGCAAAUAAAGCCCUGGCUAGAACGCCUGCACGUUGUUGUUGUUGGCCCAGGUCUGGGAAGGGAUCCAAAAAUCUUAAACACAGCUUCUGAAUUAAUUAAAUUAUGUUUGGAAGCUGAUAAGCCUCUUGUGAUAGACGCGGAUGGUUUGUUCAUACUUAACGAAAAUAUUGAAUUAGUUUGUGGCAAACGGAACGUUAUAUUAACGCCGAACGCCAUUGAAUUUGAGAGAUUGUUUGGCAAAGACAUGCCAGCAGCUCGACGAAAGAUGUGCAUGCUUGGUGAUGGUGUUUUAGUGCUCGAAAAGGGAGCUCGUGAUAAAAUUCACAUUCCGCACACAAAUGAAAUAUACGCCAUGCCUGCUGGAGGAUCAGGAAGACGCUGUGGUGGUCAAGGAGACUUGUUAAGUGGAUCCUUGGCAACGUUCUUUUUUUGGUCGUUGCAGUCCAAUCAACCAAAUCCUGCCUAUUUAUCAGCCUGCGUCUCAAGUUAUUUUGUUAAACAAUUAAACUAUGCUGCAUUUCAAAAGUUUGGACGUAGCUUGGUAGCAAGUGACAUGCUCAACGAGAUUUCAUCAGUAUUUAAAACUGAGCUGGAAAGAACUGAUAACGAAUAGUCUGAAAAUAAGCAGUUCAAAUUAAUGAGGAUGCGUUACAUCAAAAAUGAUAUACAGAUAUAAGAAAGUCUAGUCUAAAAUAUAAGCAACUGUUAUUGAUUUUAAUGUUCAGGAGAUUUACAUAAAUGACAAUAUAAUA